AUGGCUAUGGUUAGAGCACUGGUGAAGGAAAGGCCUGUGGUUAUAUUCAGCAAAAGCUCUUGCUGCAUGUCCUACACCAUUAAGACACUGAUAAGCAGCUUUGGGGCAAAUCCUAGAGUUUACGAGGUAGAUGAGCAUCCACAAGGGAAGCAGAUAGAGAAGGAACUGAGAGGAUUAGGGUGCAAGCAAAUUGUGCCAGCUGUGUUCAUAGGAGAGGAGCUCAUUGGUGGUGCCAAUGAAAUAAUGAGCCUUCAUCUCAAGGGUCAACUGUCACGAUGGGUGCUCCAAUUUCUUCAAAGUGCUGAAAAGCCGGUGGUGAUAUUCAGCAAAAGCUCUUGCAGCAUGUGCCAUUCCAUCAAGACUCUGAUAGGAAGUUAUGGGGCGAAUGCUACUGUAUACGAGAUAGAUGAAGACCCAAAGGGGCAUCAAAUGGAGAGAGAGCUGAAGAUGUUGGAUAGGAGUAGGCCAAGUGUGCCAGCCGUGUUCAUAGGUCAUGAACUGGUUGGUGGCCCUGAUGAGAUAAUGAGCCUCCAACUCAAGGGCAAGCUGGUGGACUUGCUCAAAAAGGCAAAUGCCAUAUGGGUUUAA